AAAGGCAAAGCCAAGGAAGCCGUCGAGAAAUUUCACCCACGCACAGAUUAUGUCUUCAAAUUUUAUCAUUAAAAUUUCACUCAAACUACUUUCAAUCAAAACGCUCUAAAUUGAAGUGUUUUCCCAAUAUUUUCGAAAUUAUUUUGUUUGUGUUUCUUUCUGAUGGGUUCUGCUGAUUCAUGGGCUUUGUUUCCAAAUUUAGAGUGGAAUUAUGAUGUGUUUUUAAGUUUUAGAGGAGAGGAUACUCGAUCCAAUUUCACCAAUCAUCUUGAACUGGCCUUGCGGCAAAAAGGAGUGAACGUUUUCAUAGACGACAAGCUCAACAGGGGUGAGCAAAUUUCUGAUUCUCUUUUCCGAUCUAUAGAGGGAGCUAUGAUUUCUAUUGUUAUAUUCUCUGAAAAUUAUGUAUCUUCUUCCUAGUGUCUGGAUGAAUUGGUAAAAAUAAUGGAAUGUAAGAAAUCUAAGGGCCAGAUAGUUUGGCCAAUUUUCUAUAAGGUGGAUCCAUCGAAUGUACGAAAACAAACUAGAAGUUUUGGGGAAGCAUUGGCCACACAUCAAGCUAAGUCCGAGACCAAAAUCCAAAUUUGGAGAGAUGUUUUAACUGCUGUGGCUAACUUGUCUGGUUGGGAUCUAGGAACAGGGAAGGAGGCUGAUCUUAUUCAAGACCUUGUAAAAGAAGUAUGGUCGAUAUUAAAUCUUACUUGCACGCCCUUAUAUGUAGCCAAGUAUCCGGUUGGAAUUGAUUCUCAACUAGAAAAAAUGAGGUUACACUACCAUCAUUGGCCACAAUAUGAGCUUAGUAAUGGUGUUUACAUGGUGGGGAUAUAUGGGAUUGGAGGCAUGGGUAAGACGACUUUGGCCAAAGCUUUAUACAACAAAAUUGCCAACCAAUUUGAAGCUUGCUGUUUUCUAUCAAAAGUUAAGGAAGCUUCAAACCAAUUCAACGGUCUUGUUCAACUACAGGAGCACCUACUCCAUGAGAUAUUAAAGGAAGAUUUGAAGGUUGGCAAUGUUGACAAAGGAAUCAACGUCAUAAAGAAUAGACUUCGUUCAAAGAAAGUUCUUAUAGUUGUCGAUAAUGUGGAUAAGUUUGAGCAGCUAGAAGCAUUGGUGGGUGGACAUGAUUGGUUUGGAGCGGGUAGUAUGAUCAUUGUGACAACAAGAAACAAUCAUUUGAUUUCUGUCCAUGAAUUUGAUCAAAAGUAUCGUAUUCAAGGAAUGAAUCAUUAUCACGCCCUUGAACUUUUUAGUUGGCAUGCUUUUAAGAAAAGUCAUCCACUGAGUAAUUACUUAGACCUUUCAGAACGUGCUACAAGUUACUGUAAAGGUCAUCCCUUGGCUCUUGUUGUUUUGGGUUCUUUCCUUUGUAAGAGAGAUGACCAAGUAGAUUGGAGAAGUAUAUUAGAUGAAUUUGAGAACUCUUUGAACAAAGACAUAAGUGAUAUUCUUCAAAUAAGUUUUGAUGGACUUGAAGAUCGGAUGGGUUAUAAAUUAGUCAAUGGUGAAUCUUCUAAGCCCAGAAAAAGGAGCCGAUUGUGGUUAGAACAUGAUAUUUUGAAGGUGCUUAUUGAUAACGGGGGAACAAAGGCCGUUAAAGCCAUAAAGUUGGAGUUGCCUAAUCCCACGAGACUAGAUGUGAAUCCACGAGCAUUUAAGAAAUUGAAAAAUCUGGAAUUGCUUAUGGUUAAAAAUGUAGAAUUUUCUACAAAUCUGAAGUAUCUACCGAAUAGCACAAAGUGGACGAGGUGGAGUAAUUUUACUCAAGACUUUCUACCAUCAUGUUUUAUGACAAAAAAUCUAGUUGGAUUAGAAUUGCAACAUAGUGGCAUCCGAAAUUUAGAGAAAGGAUGGAAGGAUUGUAAAAGGUUGAAGCUGGUAGAUCUUAGUUACUCUACUUUUUUUAGAGAAAUUCCAAACUUCUCUACAGCAUCAAACCUUGAAAAAUUGUAUUUGAAAGACUGCACAAAUUUAAGAAUGAUUCACGAGUCUAUUGGAUCUCUAGAUAAACUUGUUACCUUGGACCUUGAAAAAUGUUCAAACCUUAAAAAGCUUCCAAGUUACCUUCCAUUGAAAUCUCUUAUUGAUUUGAAUCUCAAUCACUGCAACAAGCUUCGGGAAAUUCCAGACUUCUCUACCGCAUUAAACCUUGAAAUCUUGUAUCUCAACGAAUGCACAAAUUUAAGAGUUAUUCACGAGUCUAUUGGAUCUUUAGAUAAUCUUAUUUUCUUAAAACUUAGACAUUGCACUAAGCUUGAAAAGCUUCCAAGCUAUCUCAACUUAAAAUCUCUUGAAUAUCUCGAACUCUCUGACUGCUCUAAACUCGAAAUAUUUUCAAAAAUUGCUGAAAACAUGAAAUCGUUACUGUGGUUGUUGAAUUUGGAUUAUACCAGCAUAAAGGAGCUACCUUCAUCAAUGGGAAACCUUACUAGGCUCGCGAAAUUAAACCUUGAAGGUUGCACAAACCUAUCUCCCUUCCUAGUACAAUUAAUUUAUUUGUUACGGAAUAUUAAGAGCCAUGGGUGUUCUAGAUUUGAAAUGUUUCCCCAUAAAUGGGACUCAUCAAUCCAUCCAAUAUGCGGAAACUUACUCAAAAACCCUAAAUUUCCCUACUUCACUUUGGUAGAUCUUCAAUUUUGCAACAUAUCAAAUGCAGAUUUUUUGGAAACUUUAUGUGAUGUCAACCCUUUCAUAAAUAGGCUACUCUUGUGGGAAAACAAAUUUUGUAGUCUACCCUCGUGUCUCCAUAAGUUCAUGUCUUUGGGAAAUCUCCAAUUGAGGAAUUGCAAGUUUCUUCAACAAAUUCCAAACCUUCCUCAGAGUAUACAAAAAAUGGAUGCCACGGGUUUGGUUAAAAGUCCAGACAACAUUUUGGAUAUAAUAUCAAGCAAGCAAGACAUUACACGUGACUUUCCUAGAGAGUUCAUUCUAAUGAACAUUGAAAUUCCAGAAUGGUUCAGUUAUCAGACUAUAUCAAAUUCAAUAAAAGUUAGCUUUCGACAUGAUCACAAUUUAGAAAGAACUUUGGCUACCUAUGCUAAGUUCAGAGUGGAUGGAGAUUCAUAUAAAGGGGAAGCCUUAAUUUCAUGUAACAUAUUCAUCGGAUACAGACUCCAAAAUUCUUUUAUGAGAAAGUUCUUACCAUCAACAUCAGAAUAUACAUGGUUAGUAACAACUUCUCCAACAUUUAGUAGCUCCUUACUGGCGAAUGAUUGGAAUGAUUUUAUAGUUUGGUUUGAAGUUUUGAAACGUCACGAGGUUAAUGUAACUAUAAGAAGAUGCGGUGUCCAUCUCCUUGAGGUCCAUGGGAUAUCCCAAAUUGAUGUUAAGGGGCCAGGGGUUAUAUAUACAGAUUUUGAUGACAUAGAAGAAUUGCCAAGCCGGGAUGCUAUCAAAUCCUUUGCUCAAAACGUCUCCCGCUUAUCAUAUUGCAGUGGAAUGUUGCAUGCAAUGAACUUCCCAGUUGAAAUUGAUUCCAAAAUACAACAGGUUCGGAACUUUCCCUUACAUGUAACAUUUUUGGGUAUUACAAUGAUUCGUGGAAUGGAAGGCCUGGCAGAGACUACACUCGGCAAAGCUAUAUGUGAUAAAUUUAAAAAAAAAUCGUGA